AUGGAUAGCGGCUACCUGACCAGCAAAGAGGCCCCGGCCAAGGGCUCCCAGGACAGAGGGAGCAGCGAUCUUCCCAUGGAUAAGACCGAGUCCGAAAGCAACAAAGGGAAGAAAAGGCGGAACAGAACUACAUUCACCAGCUACCAGCUGGAGGAGCUGGAGAAAGUCUUCCAGAAGACACACUACCCAGAUGUUUAUGCCCGGGAACAGCUGGCCAUGAGGACUGACCUUACAGAGGCCAGAGUGCAGGUGUGGUUCCAGAAUCGAAGGGCAAAGUGGAGGAAAAGAGAGAGGUUCGGGCAAAUGCAACAAGUACGGACUCACUUCUCUUCUGCCUACGAGCUGCCACUACUGACCCGAGCUGAAAACUAUGCCCAGAUUCAGAACCCGUCCUGGAUUGGAAACAACAGCGGAGGUUCCCCAGUUCCAGCCUGCGUGGUACCGUGCGACACCGUCUCCUCCUGCAUGUCCCCGCACACCCACCCGCACUCGGCCGGGGGAGUCUCGGAGUUCCUCAGCGUUCCAGGCCCCGGAUCUCACGUCAGCCAGACGCACAUGAGCGGGCUCUUCAGCAGCGCCGCCAUGGCACCUGGCAUAAAUGGGUACGACUUGAACACUGAGCCCGACCGCAAGAGCUCCAGCAUCGCGGCACUCAGGAUGAAGGCCAAGGAACACAGCGCCGCCAUGUCUUGGGCGACAUGA